AUGUCUAAAGACUACGAUAUACUCCGAGCCGUUCAGCUUCUCCAAUCGCCCACCACUGCGGACGCCGCGAGCAGGGAGAGGGCCGCAUCCUUGCUCUUGGACAAUGCGUCCUUGGUGUUGAAGCAACACACAGAGGGCCUAAACCAGGAGCCGUUGCUGCGCCACAUCGUCAAAGUCUUGUCCGCCGAAUCCACCUCGAUGUCGCAGUCAAAGUGGGAUAUGAUUCUCGAGCUAAUGUGUUCCCUGUUGGAGACUCCUGUAUGGACCCCACCCCCAGCCGGCUUCCCAGACAGUGUGGAGACUGCUCCAAAAAGGGAACAACCACAAGGGGCGCUUCCAGCUACACCGACGACUUCCUUCUCCUGGGCCUUUCGCGCCUUUAUUCUGAAGUGCCUGCCAUGCAUGGUGCCACAAACAACAUCGACCACCAACUCCAUUACUGACGCUGAUCAUGCUUCUGCAUCGCUCGCGCCCAUGAUGACUAGACAGGGCAAGGCAGUGUGUGAUGUUUUAUUGAGCUACAGUAUCGUAAGCCAAGAGCAAGACGAUUCCGCAAAGCAGAUGACUCGCGUAGCCCAUAGCAGCCUUUUGGCUCUGCCGCCCCCACUUCUCCCGCAUGUCGCGCACGAGUUGAUUUCUCGAUUGCCGCGAUCACGAGAUGCGUGUUUGGCUAUAAUCCAAAAUCCAUCCGCAACAGACCCCUUGUUGUGUGGAUUUGAGGAAGCACUUUUGGAGAUGCCGGGUACCUCAAAUAGCGCAAUAACUGCAGUAGAGGAAAAGGACAGUACCACAGAACUUAGCAGCACUGCAGAUUUAGUAAGGGACAGCGUCAAAAGAACCUUACAACGACACUACAAGUCAUGCGGGAUGGUGAGCACCAACCGCCUGUGCAAUGCGCUCAUUCAGCGAAGCCUACCAAAAACCCAGGAAGAGAUGGAAAGCUAUCGAACCCAGACUGUGCGACCUUUGAUUGAGCUUGGGGAGGCCUGCGAGAGAAGGGAACCAUCUUUGCAGAUAUCAGCACACCUUGUCGGUAUCCAACAGCGCAUACCCCUGCCGUUUCUCUGUGAAAUCCUUGGAUAUUUAUACCGGCAGUACGAAUCCGCUAUAGAUGUCUUCCCUUAUCCAGAUAAGGGAUACGAAACCGCUUUGCUCAACCUGGCGCGGGAUCUGGCGCAACUAAGUUUGAUUGCCGUGUCUAACUCAGAGCUUCCGGAGGGCGCUGUGAAUCAGCUUGCUGCUGUAUUGAUGCCUAAGACACAGAAGCAAGAGUCUCCAGCAGUGGUAACUGAUGGUGACGUGUUUCUUAUGGAGAGGGGGUUCGUUGACAGGAUCCCUUUGCCCCUAAUGGAGUGCGUACUACUACUAUUAUAUCAAGUGAUCCCAUAUCGUUCGUUGAAGAGAUUUCGCGAGCCGAACGAGGAAGCCAACAGUGGUGGGGAGGAAAAAGAGCACAACGAAGACGUCUGCGUACGGUGUGCUCGAUUUCUUAAAAAAGUCGUGCUACCUGAGAUCGAAGACGUUGCCUUUCGAGUAUCUGCUGUGAUCAAUGGAAAAGAUAAUGGGGCCACAAAGCUUCCAAAGGAGUCUAGCCUCGCGGAUACACUAGCAGACUCGCAAAUUGAGCAAGGGCAAUGCAGCAACGCCAAGACAACAGAAGAAGUGUCGGGUGAUUGCGACCGUAGGGAAGAGCAACUUGAUGUCAUGAAUACAGAAUUACGUGGACAACUGACCAUUUUGAAUAGUAUUGCAGGAUUCUGUGAAAAAAUAUGGCAUCAAACGCAACACCACCCGCGAGACAGAUUUGCAAGGAGAGGAAAUGCGCUGCGCGGUCGACUGUCGCAUGCACUGCCAUCGUGGAUGCUUAAUCCGGUGGUCUAUGGUGCCCCACGUGAUGUCAAUGAGAGAAUCAAAAAGCGAGCGCGAUUCAACGGAUAUGAUUCUCCACGAAAAAUGAAGCGGUGA